AUGGACAAGUUAAUUUUCACAGGCAGAAGUCUACUUACGCUCGCUGCGAAUGUGCUCGUGUUUCUUGUCUCAGUUUCGGGUCAGCCAGGAUUCCUGAGCAUCAACUGUGGCGGGGGAAAUAAUUACACUAAUUCAGCGACGAAUGUUAGAUGGAGUUCGGAUGGCAAUUACAUAGAUGUUGGUGAGGCAGCGAGUGUUAGUAACUCAAGUAUACCAUUUCACCUGCAGUCUUUGCGUUACUUUCCAAGACCUCUGAAGAAAUCUUGUUAUAGCUUGCCUCUAGACAUCAAUGUCACCUACCUGUUACGCCUGUGGUUUUUCUUUGGUAAUUAUAAUGGAAUCCAAACGCUUCGCAGCUUUAAUGUUUCUUUCGAGACACAAGGCAUGCUUUACCAGAAAACCCAAUCUAUCUCAUCUCCGGAAAUCCCAGAAUUUACUAGAGAAAGGAUCUUCACCAGUUCUAGCAACGUCCUCUAUGUUUGCUUGAUUCGAACUUCCGACACUAGCGAUCCUUUCAUAUCUGCAAUUGAGUUGAGGAGUCUUUCAGGCGGCCUCUAUGAGGCUCACGUUAAGCCCGGAAUACUUUUGGGCACAAUAGCAAGAUAUGAUCUGGGUGCUCAAUUCUCCGACUAUAUGAGGUACCCUCAAGACCGGUUUGAUCGCUUGUGGCAAUCGGACAGCUUAUGGCUUGGUCAGUACAAGGAGGCGCAAAUUCGAAAGGCACAAACGAACAGAAUGGUUUUGAAACAUAAUAAUAAUAUCACCAGCUUCCCUCGUGCCGCUGUAAUGCAGACAGCGGUAAUUGACGAAACGCCUGAGAGUCGAAUCCUCUUCACUCUUGAAUCACAGGAUACCCGCACUUUAUUUGUACUAUGCUUUGCAGAGGUCGAGGAACUCAACAGUUCAGAGGCAAGGAAUUUUGAUGUUACGGCGAAUGAGCAAACCGUUCAGUCCAUCGACAACACUCUGCAAAAUCAUUCGAUUGAGCUGCCAUUCACAUACAACUACACACAGGAAAAAGAAGUAGUGAUAUCUCUCGAAACUGCAUACCAGGCGGGAAAGUCUAACCGUGGUCCUCUGCUCAACGCUCUUGAGUAUUAUAAAAUAAUGGAGAGAGAACCAGAAACUUAUCCAGGAGAUGUUGAUGCCCUUUUAUCAAUUAAAAAGGCAUUCGGUAUCAAAGGCUGGAUAUCGGAUCCUUGCUUUGCUAUUGAAUGGACUGGAAUCAUAUGCAAUGGAGGGGCCACUGAAAAAGGACUUGAUGGAGUUGAGAACACGCUAAAAAAUAUUGGUGAGAAAAUUCAUAAGAUUCUUAAGGCCGCGUUGACUAGUAUGAAGGCUCUUGUGAGUAAGCUUGAGAAUGACCAUGGGGAUAAGGCUUUGGCAAGCAUUAUUGAAGUGAAGGAAGAUACCCCAGAGGAUAAGGAGACUGGGCUUGGGAGAAGAACGUGGCUGAGCACCAGAAAGAUGGAAAGCCAAAGUUAUCUCUUGUUUGCUGGCAUUUUUGCUUGGUACCGGACUGACAGGCCUAUUAGACCUGUCAGUCUAGCCCCUGCGGCCCCUGCUGGCAGCCCCUCCAUCCUUCUUCGGCUCCUGCCGUUGUUUCCCCAGACCCCAGCAACCUGGUCUUCGGCCCCUGCCAGCCAUGCAGCUCCCGGUCUCCGGCCAUACAACUCCUAG